AGACAAACAACAACAAACAUGUCAACAAACAUCACCUAAGACAACCUCUCUCUUACCCCCCCACCACCCCCCAAAAAACCCCAAUUUUCAACGUCUCCAUCUUUAAAAUUCGGUCCUAAACUUCCCACCUUCUCUCCCUUCCUGUCUUUAAUUACGGGGCCUCUGAUUGGUCAGGUCCUUCGGAAAGUUUCAGCCAAUCAGUUGUCAAGUAGCGGUGCCCCACAACCCCCUCAGGAGGUCUGCGUGUGCGGUUUUUCUGUGUGUAUGUUAAUGAAUACCUGUUUGUGUGUGUGUGUGUGUGUGUGUGUGUGCGUCCAAGAUGACAGGCUCUGUUUAAAACCUGCUGGAUCCCUUCAUCUGGGCAGUCUGUCAGAAGGGCCACAGGGACAGGGUGCACCAGGACGCUCUUUCAUACUCACACACACACACACUCAAACACAAAUACACACACACACACAAACACACGCACACACACUUAGAGUGAGAGUCAAAGGACACGUCAAGGAGGACCGAGUCAUCUGGCCUUUUCGGCUGCAUCAGAUACGGCUGCACGUCAGGAUCCGGAGACAGACGGAGACGGACCGAUAAGCAAGCACAGGAGAGGAGGAGGCCGAGUCAUGGCAGGGGGACGGAGAACAUCGUUUUCCGGUGUGUGUAUCAUUGCAGCGCUGGCUGUGGUGUUACUGCCUGGAUUCUUGUCUGCUGGACCGGUUGUGCAGAAACACAAAGGAAACGCGGGGGAAAGCAUCCAGGAGAAGGCGGCCGCCGCAGAGGCACACAGGAGGCUGAUCCGCCACCGCAGGAACAUCAGCUGGUACAAACAGCACGCCGACUUCUGGAGCUGGUACAAGUACUUCACCGACAACGGCAACCAAGAGGCAGUUCAGGAGCUGGACCGCAUCUACCUGGCUUACCUGCAGAACAAGAACCGCGCCGAGGGACGCAAAUCGUACAAGGCCUACCUGCGCCACCUGGGGGAGAUCUACAAGUCCUGCGCCGACUCGGAAGACCCAAACUGUGUGGCCUCUUACACCGCCAGGCCGAAACCAGAACCCCCUAAGCCCGCGCCGAUCAAAACCUGCGAUCCCACCAAAGACCCGUACUGCCUGUACGCCGCUCUGGUGCAGGGAAAGAGCCCCUACCUGCCCCUGGUGCUCCCCGCCGCCGCGGCCCCGGCCCCCGCGCCCGUCAAGGCCCCGGCUCCUCUUUACGUCCGCUCUGCUGUCCCAGUCAAGGACCCCCACUCAGGGUAUCACUACUACUCCCCUGCAGUGCAGUCUUUCCUCUCCAAGGAGCAGAAGGCGGAGCUGCUGCGGAUCUGCUCUGCCGAUGACGUCGAGUGUCUCCAGUACCACCUGAGAGCCGCCUACGGCUACAAGCCCUCCGCCGGGCCGCUGCCCUCCUACGCCCACCUGGGCUGCGACCCCAAGAGCGACCCCAACUGCAAACCCCAGCUUGUGCAGAAAGCCCCCUCCGGUCUCUACCUCCAGUACCCGGGCUGCGACCCGCUCAGAGACCCCUACUGCGCCUAUGCAGCCUCGCUCGUGGCGCCCCGUGCCCCUAACCCUCCUGCCCCUGCUGGCCCAGGUUCCUGCAAUCCUCUGUUUGAGGAUGGCUGCAACCCUUUGACUGCCACCAGGUUUUCCUCACCCCCGGGGACGUACAAAAACGAGGACAAAGAGGAAGCCGCUGCCAUUCGUGCUGCCCCUCCUGCCGCUGAGCAGCGCCACGACCCCUACGCUAUGUUUAGAGAAGCUUACGCUAAUGCUAACGCUAACAGAGCCAGCGAUCCUUUUGCUAUGUACCGCCAGGCGAGCGCUCCGGCUCCAGCUCCGGCUCCAGCGAGUGACCCGUACGCCAUGCUGCGCCAGUACAUGGCCCAAGCCCAGUCCAGCGACCCCUACUCUCCACGCAUGGAGGCCGCCCCCGAGGUGAACGCCAACGAUCCUUUUGCUAUGUUCCGUGAAGCGGCAGCCGCCAUGCAUCGCCGCGGCCCCGCCGUCCCCAGGCAGCAGUACCCGCUUCCCCAGCCCCGCUACGAGGAGCCCGCCCAGGAGGAGCACCAUCCUCUGGGCCCGCCGGGUAAAACCAAAGAGGGCUACGACUGCUUCAUCGGCUACGACCGCGAGUGCUUCCCAGUGAGGCCCAGCGAGCCUCGCUCCGGAGCUUCCCGCCACGCCGCCUUCCCCGCCUUCCCCGCCCUCCCCGCCCGGGACUACGAGCCCCACCUCAACUCUGACGGCUCCCGAGCCGGCGUCAUCGAGCCCGCCGACCCUCACUGCGACCCCGAGUACGACCCCGACUGCCGCCUGCGCCGCUACGAGCCCGAGGAGGCCCAGCCCGAGGAGGCCCAGCCGGAGCGCCACGUCUCGGAGGAGCACAGCCAGGGGGCGGCGGAGAGCGAGCAGGAGCAGCAGGAGGCGGAGCCUUACGAGAGCGGCCAGGAGGAGCCCUACAUGGCCUACCCCCAGGCCUCACAGGGCAUGUCCAGCUUCCAGGACAUACUGAGGCUCUACGGAGACAAGUUCCCCGAGCAGGAUGAUCACAGGGCCUAUGCAGACGACUACCGCAAGAAAUGAACACAUACACACACACACACACAUAGACACACACACACACACACACACGUGCAUAUAGGUGGACAUAUGUUCUUGCAGCUUAGCAUAUGCUCUAGACUGCCUCACUGAUAGUAACAGCACAUCCGGUCUAACUGGAGCAGAUAUGGGACACAUGGGAAGUCUAUGGACCGACUGACACAGAAUGUCCAGAAAUUCUCAACAUGCACGUCAUAUGCACACAUGCUCGCACACACACACACACACACACACACACACACACGCCUUUCUUUAGCCGUAGGAGCGCACUUGGCAGGCUGAAGGUGUUCCAACAAUGUUCUCGUCUCUGUCGCUGCUUUCGACCUGUUGUUGCUUUUCAGUUUCUUCACUUCUCCACGCUCAGCUUCACCUCCGCGUCUCUGCAUUCCACAUGUUUUUAUUUGUUUGUUGCUUUGUUGCCAAUGAUGGAUUAUGUAAAGAUUUUUUUUUUUUUUUUUUUUUUUUGUCACUUUGAAUGUUCUAAUAAAAGCUCCAGAAAAGGGUG